AUGGUGAAACUUCCCUCCGGCAAAUCCAUCCCUAUCGUCCUUCGUCGACGAUUUUCAACUGUACCUCCCGCCGAUUACGCCGGGAACCGGAUAAAUCUAAUCCCAAUCCCCCACCGAUCGAUCCCGGAAGCCAGAGGGCAGGACCUGGACUUCGUCAACGUUGCCCACAGCCACAUAAUCCACUCCGACUGGGGAAAGCUCGAGCUUUCACCACCCGCCCAUUUCACUCCCUUUCGGAUCACCCACGUCCUCCUCAAAAUCCAGCGAGACCACGUCCUCUCCCUCGAGUUCUUCAACUGGGUUAAAACCCACAGCCCGGAUUCCCUCACUGUCGAAACCCACUCCAUCAUUCUCCACAUCUUGACAAAGAAUCGCAAAUUCAAGUCCGCGGAAUCAAUCUUGAAGGAUGGACUCGGAAUCAGGUCAUCCGCACACUCUGCCGACAAGCUGUUCGAUGUAUUGCUCCACUCGUACAGGGUCUGCGAUUCUUCACCCCGAGUGUUCGACUCGCUGUUCAGCGUUUAUGCGCGGUCGAAGAAGUUCAGGUUUGCUACUGAUUUGUUUCUUCGAAUGAAGGAUUAUGGGUUUUUCCCCACUGUUGAGUCCUGCAAUGCGUACUUGAGCGCGCUGCUUGGUUCAAACAGACCGGAUAUCGCAUUGGGGUUCUAUGGCGAGAUGAGGAGGUGUAGGAUAACGCCGAAUGUGUACACUUUGAACAUGGUUAUGGCUGCUUUCUGCAAAGGUGGAAAGAUCGAGAAGGCAGUUGAGCUCUUCAGCGACUUGGAGAAUGGCCGAUUAUUAGCGCCUAAUAUCGCCUCUUACAAUGUUCUGAUUGCAGGGUAUUGCAGGAAGGGGCUUCUGAGCUCGGCGAUGAAGCUGAGAACCUCGAUGGGUAAGAAUGGGAUGGAGCCAAACGUGGUUACUUUCAACACUUUGAUCAAUGGGUUUGCGAAGGAAGGGAAGCUGCAGGAAGCGAGUAGAGUAUUUAGUGAAAUGAAGCUCAGCAAUGUCGUUCCUAAUAUCGUGACUUUCAACACUUUGAUCAAUGGAUUCAGCCAACUGGGGAACUCUGAGAUGAAUGAUAUGCUUUAUCAGGAGAUGGUGAGAGCUGGCAUUAAGCCUGAUAUACUGACUUACAAUGCAAUGAUUUCGGGUUUGUGCAGAGAGGGUAAGACCAAGAAAGCUGCGUAUUUAGUGAAGGAACUUGACAAGGAGAGAUUGGUGCCAAAUUCUUCUACGUUUUCUGCACUUAUUACAGGGCAGUGUGCAAGGGACAACCCGGAUCGUGCUUUUCAGCUAUAUAGGUCUAUGGUAAGGAGCGGGUGUCAUCCAAACCAGCAGACAUUUGAUACGUUGAUUGCUGGCUUUUGUAAGAUCAAGGAUUUUGACGGCGCAGGCAAAGUCUUGUUAGAGAUGUUUGACAGGUGUUUGACUCCCACUUUAGACAUCGUAAUGGACAUUUACAAUGGACUUCAACAGUGUGGAAUGGAUCGUUUGGCGAUGAAGCUAUGGAAUGAGAUGGAAGCUAGGAAGUGCAGAGACAAGAUUGAGAGGGUCACAUAG